AUGUCAGGAGGUGUGGUCAAGUGUGUUUGUCCAAAUAACGUAAUAAACCAGGAAGAAGACUUGAAAGUGUCCAUAGGGUGUACUUCUUCUACAUUCUGGGCUGUUGUUCCAUUGACUCUACUUGGUCAAGGCCGCCUCUUGCAUUCUGAUGACGUGUCUCUGGGAACUGGCUCUCCUGUCACCAGCAUAACUGAGAAGGGGUAUGAGUUUAAUUAUCUUGUCAUUGAGUGUGGGAUUCGGAAAAAGGUAAGAGCUUACAUAUGAUUUUUUUAUUCAGUUCUCUAUUGUAACAUAAUGCACAGAGGAGUCACUGGAAAAAUUCCUUUAAGGUGUAUUGUUUUCAGGGGAGUCUGAUCAUUUUUGGAUACCACUCCAAGCACUAUCAACAACAAUCUUACAAAGUUCAAAAAUGAUAUUCCCUCUGCCAGUUCUUGCUCUUCCUGGAACUUAACCAACCCUUGCCCGUUUGCAUUGCCUUGGAUUCCAUACUUCCAACACUCCUCGCCAUCCCAUCAGUCACUUCCACUUAAAAUGCCUCAUUCUUUAGUUCAUGAGAGUCCAAAUGUAGCUCUGUUCUAG